AUGAGCUGUGCAAGCCACGGCGCCCCCAAGGUUUCCAUGCGCACGCUGGCUGAUCCGAGUACCGCAGAGUGGACGUUUGAGUACGAGGCGAGCUUUUCUGAGAUCUGGGCCGGUGACUCGUACAAGGCGGCGGGGCUGCCGAACAAGGCUCCCGUACUCGCUCUCGUCCACCCCGACAAUCCAGACGUGGUUUACUUCUUCCUGGAACAGCGCCUCUUCGGCGUCGACAUGCGCGCGAGGGAGGUCGUGGAGUGCGAACCCUUGGACCCGGCCAAGUCGCAGAAGAAAGGCAGCUACUCUUCCGGGCUUGUUUUCCCAUUUGAGCUUCCUCCCAUGUUCUCCGCAGGUUCAUCAGGGUUGAGUGCUGGAGAUGGCGUGACUGAAGCUUUGGUUGAAGGUUUAUCAGGGUUGAGUACUGGAGAUGCCGUGACAGAAGCAGCGUCAACCUCAACGGCUUCUGCUCCAUCCGGAUGCAACAUAGUUUAGCAGGGUGGGCGUUCCUCUUGCAUUGUAAGAAGCUCCGAGCCAAGUGAAGUUUGUUGCGUGUCAUGACUGGUUAUCAUGUAAUGGGCUCCGUUUGCCUGUGAACAACUCGAUAUGUUUUGCUACUUGUGUCCAUGGUAAUUUCCUUUUCCACCUGGACAAUAUGUACUGAUACUAUGGCUCAUGGUACUGUAUGGCUCAUUUAACGAGCUGCCCUGACGAUGUGGAAGGUUCUAUAAGUUUGUUAUU